AUGUUGGUCGCCCCACGUCGAUAUGUUUAUCUGGGAACGGGCUUCAGCCUUGUUUUGCUAUUUUGGUAUACCUUUGGAAGCCCUCUGGCUCAAGCAACCAGAAUUGUCUCUCCACUCGAGCCGGCCUCGGUGCCCCCACCCACGCACAGCGCAAGCAAUGCUACUUUAGGUUUCCAGUCUAUUCUUGCUCUUUCCUCGGGCCCUUCAUGGCGAACGAGAGGAUUAAUGGCUGCCGCAAACCUAACCGGCCUCUCCAUACAUAUCCCACCACAACCACCAAUCCACCCUGAUCUUGUUGAGACCUUUGAAACGUUAGGAUCAGAGUACAUUCGCCAUCCUUCCCACGGUGCUAGCAUUGCCUGGCUUGCACAUCUCGACCUGAUCAAAUACACCAUCCAAGCAGACCUUGAUACUGCCCUCAUUCUUGAAGACGAUGCAGACUGGGACGUGACAAUUCGCUCCCAGAUGGUGCGAAUCGCAGAGAGUGUCCGGAAUCUGACUGGAACCACUGAGAGCGAGACAGCUCCAUAUGGCCGUGACUGGGAUGUUCUUUGGAUCGGUCAUUGCGCUGAAUACUGGGAGGACCUGUUCGAGACAGUCUUCUACGAGGAUCCCACCGCAUGUCCGCAUAAGUACUACUUUGGCUUUGCGAAAGAAAACAUCGAACGUAUGCCAGACCACCAACGCGCUGUCUACUGGUCGGCAAAUCCGGUGUGUUCUUUCGCAUAUGCUUUGUCGCGUGACGGUUCUCGAAAAGUGAUAGAACUAUUGGGCGCAGGGCAAGACGAAGCGUUUGAUGUAAGCAUGAUGCACGCCUGUAGUGCGGGAAAGCUGAAAUGUAUCUCAGUUGUACCUGAGGUGGUGCAUCAGUACUUUCCUAACCAGACUUUUGGAGUCAAGAGUAUGGUUGAUAUUGGAAACGGGGAGCAGGCUGGUCCUGACGACUCGGAGUUUGAACAUAUUAUGGGGUCGACGGAGAAUAUCCUCGAAAGUGCGCGGUGUCGUGCCCUAUGGAAUAAGAGAUGUUUGAGGGAAUAA